AUGGCGACCGUCGUGCGCUUCCCGACCGAGCGCGUGCUCCCGCACUUUCCCGAGGCGAUUCGCACCUUUUUGCAGCUCUCGGUGGCCUUUGUCUCGAUCCACUACCUCUUGUGGUUUUGGGUCGCAGUCGCGUUCCUCUACUACCUCUACGCCAUUGGCUAUGGCUAUGUGAGCGCCGCCGUCGUCGCACUCUACCUGCCGUCGUAUCUGAACGGCGCACAUCGCAAGCUCACGCCGGCGACCGGCGGCAUGCAGUGGGAUGGUCUCCGCACGCACUGGCUCUGGAAGCUCAUGUGCGAAUACGUUGGCCUUGAAAUUGUCCGUGAACAAGAACUCGAUGCGACCAAGCAGUACAUCUUUGGCUUUCAUCCGCACGGCAUCCUCGUGCUCUCGCGCAUGUCGUGCUACGCUGGCAACUGGGAGCAAGUGCAUCCUGGCAUUGAAGUCCGCGCGCUCGGCGCGACGCCCAUGUUCUACGUGCCCCUCGGGCGUGAGCUGUGCCUCUG